AUGCUCCCUCAAGAACAAAUUGAAAAAAAGCAAGACGAGCCAAAAACAGAUCAAAACGAUAAAAAAGAAGAAAACAAUCAACCAGCUCAAGUAGUUGAGCAUAAAAACGCCCAAUUAUCAAUUGUUGUCAAAAAUCUUCCAGAAGGAACAACUUCUCAGCAAAUUUCUGAGUUUUGUAAGAGAGUAGGAGUUCUUGCAACACAUCCAGAAACUGGUGAAGAUUUAAUUUUAUUAAAUCCUCGCGCUCAUAAGGCCACCGUUACAUAUGCAUACCCAGAAGCAACAAAUCAUGCGAUAGAAAUUCUAGAUGGUGAGCAAUUUCUUGUUACCGGUGAAAAAGUACAAGUAGAAAGAGCAGUUCGAGAGCCAUACGACUUUUCCAAAUGGAAAGGCGCAAUGAAAUUAUCGAGAAAGUUUCAUAGUUACUUUGGUGGUGAAGAAAAACUAGAUCCAUCAGAGCAGAAAAGAGUUAAAAUUAUGAUUAUGAAAAACGUUUUCGAUAUGGAUGAAUUAAUCAAAGAACCCGAGUUAUACGGCAAAAUUAUAAAAGAUUUGACAACUCAAUGUGAACCAUUCGGAAAAGUUACCCUUGUAAAGCCAAUCGAGAAGAAUCCUGAAGGAAUAGUCAUAGUAAGAUUUGACCAAGCUCAAUCGGCAUCAAAGGCAAUCGGAGAUCUCGAUCAAUGCGAAUACAGAAAUAGAAUUAUCACUGUAGAGCCAUGGGAUGGAAAAGAAAUACCAACUAUCGAAGAAACUGAAGAACAACUUCAAGCACGAAUCGAUAAUUUCCACAAAUUCCAAGAAAGCGGAGAAAACAAAUAA